AAAUGAAUCGGACGUAUCACGCUUUUACCACGUUUUAUUCCAAUAUCCAUACGAAAACGAAACCAUUUCCAGCAUAUAAAUCAGAUAUCUCGGAUCAUUUAGUGUCUGUUACACUAAUUUAACAGCAACAAAGAAUAAAAAAAAUCAAAAAAACAACAUUUAGUCAAUAUUUUACGAGGCGAAUAAAAGAUUGCAACAAAAAUUGGUGAUUUUAUAGUGUGUUUCAGUCGGUUUUGAGACAGAUUGUUUCAUUGCGACUACAUUAAAUUGAAUCAAUCGCAGGCGAUAAAUAAGCAUAAAGUGCUUUUAGUUUGCAUCAGAGACGGAGAGUUUCUAUUAUACUUGAAUGAAAAAAGCUCGUCAAAAUUGAUAUAAUCAUAGAAAAAAACUGGCGAAUAAAAGAAGUACUCGGUGUUAAGUAUUUUGUCUGAUUGAUUUAUUCCAUCAUCGACGACAUUUACCGGAGUAGAAAUAGUAAAGUUUGUAAUUUUAACGAUUGAGUUUUUUUCUACGCUUGUUGAACUAUAAGUAAAAACGAAACUAAUAACAACGAACAAUUGCAAUAAACCAAUUUCGUGUAAGAGAGAAAGAGUUGCGUUCGGUAAAACUUUUGCACUUAUGUGAGAAUAUAAUAUGAAGUGAAUGUUUGUUUGUUUGGUCUUCGUACGGUCAUAACUCUCGAACUCAUCGCCCAUCCAUCUUCUGUGCUAUAGUUGCAAGCAAUUCGCCUCCCAUCUUUAGUUAUUAUUUGUUACCACAUACUGUUCCACCGAUAUAUUAAGUAACAUUGAUAACAGAAACAAAUAACAACAAUCAACCCGAGCGAAUGUAGAGACAGCAGAAAAAAAGAGAGACCCGAACCGAAUACAGUGAAGACAAAUAAGCAACAACAAAAAGCAAUAGCAAUAACAAAUUGUGCGAACUCAGAUCGAAUCGUUUUGGUAGUUCAUGUACCAGUACAUCACAUACCAACCACUCGCUUUGCAAUAAAAACCAAUUGAAUCACAUUCGAAUGAGAGAAAAAAAAACACAGAGAAAGUAAUACAGCAAGAACUGAGAGUGAAAAAACAUUGUUCAGUGCAUCGUAAGCAAACCGUCUGGUUCCAUAUAUAACAUUUAUACGAUUUUACUCUGUCGGCAUUGUCGUGGUCGCCGAAUCGAUAUUGUUGGGUAAUGUCGACAACAUUUCACACAAUGUACCCAUCGUGAGUAGAGAUAGGGUGAAUUGAGAAAAACUACAACAACCACUUUUCGAAAAACAACGUAAAAUCGUAAAAUAUAAACAAGAACAACCAAAUAACUAUAACUUUAACUCAUCGAAUGGAAUUAUCGAAGAAAUAAAAGGGAAGACCCAAAAAGUCAUUUUUGCCGAGUGAAAUACAACACAAAAAAAACCAGUUGAUUCGAACGGAAACGAUUCGCCGACGCUGUACGAAUGCGACAAGACAUUUUCUGAUUUUCGUCAAUUUAUUUGUGUGCAACAAACUUCAACACAACAAACGACAGAAACAAACAAAGAACAUAAAUUAUGUUGAACCAUAUGAAAUGCCAUCGCAACUAUCGGUCCAGCAUUGGAUUGUCGCCGCAUUAUAAAAGAGCGAACGAUCGGGUUGAAUAGAGAGAAAAAAACGUUUACGAUAAAACUACGCACCGAAUACAAAUAUCGACAAUUUAAAAACAGAUUAAAGCCAAUGGUGGGCUUUCGAAUGUGAAUUAAACAUUUUUAUGCGAACCCAAUGAAAUUAACGUGCGAUAACCGCAGCAAUUUAAAUUUAGAAAAAAAAACAUUGUGUAUGCGCGAGUGUGUAAGCAUCAAAAGUGCUGUACAGUGAAACGUCGAAUUCCAAAUCAACAAGCGAAAGCGAAUUCCCAAUCAAUUCGAUAUUGGGUGAACAAAAAAAAAAAAAAAAAACAGUUCGUAGGAGAAACGAGAAGCGCACACAAAUUACACUCAUGCUUUUUUGGUUCGUGCAAAAAAAAACGGUAGCAUUUUUUUUCGGUUAACAGUACAGCCCAAGACAAUUUAAUAAAUACACUUUCAAUUAAUUACGUCAAAAUUGAAUUUUCUCUCGCUUGAAUACAUUUAGUUUGGUCGAUCGAAAAUUUAAGUGCGGAAAAAAACCACAAUAAAUAUUCACAAAGAUAUCAAAGAGACAGAAAUUGACUGGUUGCAGAGCAAUUGUUUUUUUCUUAAUCCAACACAAAAUGAGAACUGUGUACUUUACCAUGCCCAUGAAAAUGCGACGAAAUUUGAAAUUAUUGUUGUUCCUGUCAAUUAGCUGGAUGUUUUUGAUGUUCUACUACUUUCAAUCAGGCAAUCCAAAGAAUGAAAAUCGAGCGCUUCGCUUACGCGAAACAGCCACUGCACCACAAUACUUAGAUGAAAUGUCAGCAUCAACAUCACCAGCACACAAUAGUGUUCAAUUAGGAUUUUUAAUCGGCGACACAUCACCACGGCUUACAUUCGAUUACUUCGAUGAAGCCGGAUACAUACAACGCGGUGGAUUACGAACAGGCGAAGAUCCAUACCAAAGAAACCGGUUCAAUCAACAAGCCUCCGACCAAUUACCUAGUAAUCGAGUAAUCCCAGACACACGUAAUCAAAUGUGUCGUAAAAAGGUUUAUCGAAAGGAUUUACCGCCAACCAGCGUCAUCAUUACCUUUCACAAUGAAGCGCGAAGCACAUUAUUACGAACGAUAGUUAGUGUAUUAAAUCGCAGUCCAGAGCAUCUAAUUAAGGAAAUCAUUCUUGUUGAUGACUUCAGUGAUCACCCUGAGGAUGGUUUGGAAUUGGCAAAAAUCAACAAAGUUCGUGUUAUUCGAAAUGAAAAACGUGAGGGUUUGGUACGGUCCAGAGUACGAGGUGCUGAUGCGGCCAUUGCUGAGGUACUUACAUUUUUGGAUAGUCACUGUGAAUGCAAUGAAGAUUGGUUGGAACCGCUUUUGGAACGUGUUGCCGAAGACGAAACACGUGUUGUGUGUCCAGUCAUUGACGUCAUCAGCAUGGACACAUUCCAGUAUAUUGGCGCAUCGGCCGAUCUACGAGGUGGUUUUGAUUGGAAUUUGGUUUUCAAGUGGGAAUAUUUAAGUUUAGAAGAACGAGCUGAACGACACAAAGAUCCAACCACCAGCAUUGAGACUCCGAUGAUAGCAGGCGGUCUCUUUGUCAUAAAUAAAAAGUAUUUCGAGAAAUUAGGAAAAUAUGAUAUGAAAAUGGAUGUUUGGGGAGGAGAAAAUCUGGAAAUUUCAUUUCGUGUGUGGCAGUGCGGUGGUAGCUUAGAAAUUAUACCAUGCAGUAGAGUUGGUCAUGUGUUUAGGAAACGACAUCCGUAUACGUUCCCUGGAGGUAGCGGUAACGUUUUUGCGAAAAACACACGACGAGCUGCAGAAGUUUGGAUGGACGACUACAAACAAUACUAUUACGCAGCUGUACCACUGGCCAAAAAUAUUCCAUUCGGAAAUAUCGAUGACCGAAUCGAGUUACGAACACGAUUGCAUUGCAAACCAUUCAAAUGGUAUUUAGAAAAUGUGUAUCCCCAAUUGGCUGUACCUGAAAUGACGAACGUUGGCACAAUACAGCAGGGAAUCUACUGUCUGGAUACGCUUGGUCAUUUAAUUGACGGUUCAGUUGGAGUUUAUCAAUGUCACUCCACCGGUGGAAAUCAAGAAUGGACAAUUACGAAGAAGGGCCAAAUCAAGCAUCACGAUCUCUGCUUGACAUUGGUAUCGUUUGCCAAAGGUUCCGUUGUGAUGAUGCGUGUGUGUGACGAUAAUGAGAAUCAACGAUGGGAGUUGCGUGAGGGCGGUAUAUUAAAACACAGCAAAUCAAAUGUAUGUCUAGAUACGCGAUAUGUACAGGAGCAUGGCAUAACGGCCGAAUUAUGCAAUUCCGGUCUUGAUACACAAUACUGGCGAUUUGUCACAAAACAUUCGUGAGCAUAUAGAAUUAAAUUUAGGACAAAAAUCCGUUUAGAAUGAAUAAAUGCGUAAUGAUGUAUGUCAAGAGACGAAUUAGAAACGGCAUCGCUCAAGUUAAAUGAAUGCGAUCGAAUUAAUAAUUGUCUACCAUCUAAGACUAUUCCAGAAGAAUAGACUCAAAUUGUGAUUAAUUUUUUAUGCGUUUUCUCGCAGCACACGAUGUCAGUGAUUUUACUUUUUUAUGAAACAGACAUUCCACAUUUGAUCAGUCUUGCUUUAUUUUAUACUCAACAUUUCACUGGUCAAAAUAGAAAAACAUUCCAUUUUCGAUGAUUUUUAUAUGAUUUUUUUAUUUGAUUUCAUAUGUUCUUCUUUCUUAUUAUGUUAAUUUCACAAAUAGAUAAAACAAUUCAUUUAAAAGAAGAUGAUGGAAAACGAGCAUACAGUGUGAGGGAUAAUGAUGAAUUUAUGUUAAAUGGAGUAAAUAUUAUCGUACAUUUCAUAAGUAAAACAUGUAAAAUGAUAAAGAAACAAAGUGUUAACGAACUGAAAUAUAUCAAUUUAUAAAACAUGGUGGUUAUACAUUACCAUCAUCGCUCAUUCUCUAUUCUCGUCAAAAUGACACAGUGUGUUUGUGUUUGCUUUAUUUGUUAGGAAUCUAUGAUUGAUUAAGCAACUCUAUCGAUACAAGUCCAUUUCAAUCAAUGAGAAAACUUUAACAUUUGCAUUUUACCAAACAGGCCAGUUUCUGCUAGGGGCUUUUAUCUUCAAAUGUAUACGAUUUAUACUCUAAAUAGUGAACUAUAUUGCAAAAUCAUCUGUAAUACGCGCAAAUAAAUGUGCAUAACUGCAU